AUGUCUUCCAUCCUCAAACACAAAAGUUCCAACCUUUCCCUUCUCCUCAAUAAUGACAUCAAGGGGAUUCUCCCCCACUUAGGUUCCCAUGAAAUUUCAAGGGUCUUGCUCAGAUGUCAGUCUGAUCACUCUUCAGCUCUCACUUUCUUCAAUUGGGUAAAAAAUGUUUUGAAUAUCACACCAACUGUGCACAACUACUGUGUAGUUCUUCACAUACUUGUUUGGUCUAGAGUGUUCUCACAGGCCAUGACGUUAUUGGUUGAAUUGAUACAAUUGGAUGACGGUGUUUGUGUCUCUUCAAAUGAGGGAAUUUAUGAGAAUCUGCUUGGGUGUACCGAGGAUUGUAAUUGGAACCCUUUGAUCUUUGAUAUGCUUAUCAAGGCUUAUGUGAAGGUGGGUAUGGUUGAGAAGGGUUUGGAAACUUUUAGGAGGAAUAUUGAGGCUUGUUUUAUCCCCAAUGUGGUUGCUUGUAAUUGUUUGCUGAGUGGGUUGUCUAGGUUUAGUUACAUUAGUCAGUGUUGGGAAGUAUAUGAAGAGAUGGGAAGACUUGGAGUACAUAGGAAUUCUUAUACUUUCAAUAUUAUGACCCAUGUUUUAUGCAAAGAUGGAGAUACCGAUAAGGUGACCAGAUUCCUGGAAAAGAUGGAGGAGGAAGGAUUUGAGCCUGACUUGGUCACAUACAACACACUUGUUAAUAGCUAUUGUAAGAAAAGUAGAUUGGAGGAUGCAUUUUAUCUGUACAAGAUCAUGUACGUUAGAGGCGUGAUACCUAAUUUGAUCACAUACACAGCCUUGAUGAAUGGUCUUUGUGGAGAAGGGAAGGUCAAGGAGGCUCAUCAGCUUUUUCAUCAGAUGGUUCACAGAGGGAUAGAUCCAGAUAUUGUGUCGUAUAAUACUCUUGUGUGUGGUUAUUGUAGACAAGGUAAGAUGCAAAUGUGUAGAUCAAUAUUGAAUGAAAUGAUAGGAAAUAAUAUUUGUCCUGACAGCAUCACUUGUCGGCUUAUAGUUGAUGGAUAUGCCAGGGAUGGAAAACUUCUGUCAGCCUUGAAUACAGUUGAGGAGCUUAAGAGAUUUAGAAUUAAAAUUCCUGAAGAAUUAUAUGAUUAUCUUAUAGUUGCAUUGUGCAAGGAAGGUAAGCCAUUUGCUGCUAAAAGUUUUCUGCAUAGGAUAUCUCAGGAUGACUAUAUACCUAAAAUUAGUACAUACAAUAAACUGGUUGAGUCUCUAUGUGAAUUCAAUAACCUAGAAGAAGCACUAAUUUUGAAAUCUGAGAUGGUAAACAAAAGCAUGAAAGUGAAUCUUGCUGCCUAUAGAGCUGUUAUAAGCUGCUUGUGUAGAGUCAAGAGGACUUCAGAGGCUGAAGGUUUGUUGGAGGAAAUUAUUAGUUCAGGUAUUAUACCUGAUGUAGGAAUAGUCAGGGCAUUAAUAAAAGGGUAUUGUGAGGAAAACAAGGUUGAUAAAGCUGUGUCCUUAUUGAAACUCUUUGCCAAGGAGUUUCAAGUUCAUGAUACUGAAAGCUACAAUGCAUUUGUUAAAGUCUUUUGUGAUGUUGGUAAUGUGGCCGAGUUGAUGGAGCUUCAGGACAAACUGCUCAAGGUGGGGUAUGUUCCAAAUAAGUUAACAUGCAGGCAUGUGAUCCAUGGAUUGCAGAAAGCUAUGGAGCUAGAUGACGAAAUUUUGGGCCAUGGUAUGCUUAAAGUCUAA